AUGAAGUUGCGGGGGUCUCUGGCCUGCCUCCUGCUGGCCCUGUGCCUGGGCAGAGGAGAGGCUAGCCCACUGCUAAAUGCAGGGGCAAGCGCUCAAGGUGUUGGGGAGGCCAUUGGACAUGGGGUGGGAGAUGCCAUUAGCCAUGGAAUUGGAGAGGCCUUUGGCCAAGGGGCUGGAGAGGCAGCCCCCUCUGGAAUCCGGGAUGCCGUGGGCCCGGCAGUGGGAGAUGCUUUUGGCCAUAGGGUUGGGGAGGCCAUCCACCAGGGGGUUGGGGAAGCAGCCCAUGCUCUUGGAAACACUGGGAGUGAGGCUGGCAGACAGGCUGAGAAUAUCAUUCGACAUGGACUAGAUGGCGUCCACAGCUCCUGGCAGGGGAUGCCUGGCAGCAACGGUGCUUCGGGAACCAAUGGCCAACCUCCAUCUGGAGGCCACGGCACUUUUGGCUCUCAGGGUGGCCUUGGAGCUCACAGCCAGGGAAAUCCUGGAGGUUCAGGGACUCCCUGGGGCCCUGGACAUCCUGGAGGCUCAGAUGGCAGCUUUGGAACCAACUCUUUGGGAAGCUCCUGGGGCCAAGGAGGCAACGGAGGGUCACAAAACAUGGGGACCAAUGCUCAGGGAACUGUGGCCCAACCUGGUUAUGGCUCAGUGAGGGGCAACUCAAAUACAGAGUGCACCAACUCCCCACCGUCCGGCUCAGGUGGAAGCUCCAGCAGCUCUGGGAACUACAAUGCUGGCUCUUCUUCAGGUAGCAGUGGCGGAAGUGGUGGCGGAAAUAAGCCCGGGUGUGACAACUCAGGGAAUGAAGUCCGAGUUUCUGGAGGAUCUGGGGGUCAGGGGCAAGGGUCCAAUGGGGGAGGUGAAGCUGUUGGUGGAAUCAGUAACUUGAACUCUCAGACAUCUUCUGGGAUCUUCGGCUUCGACACUUUCUGGAAGAACUUAAAAUCCAAGCUGGGUUUCAUUAACUGGGACGCCAUAAACAAGGGCCAAGUCCCACCCCCCAGCACUCGAGCUCUCCUCUACUUCAGCCGACUCUGGGAGGAUUUCAAACACAACACUCCUUUUCUGAACUGGAAAGCAAUUAUUGAGGGUGCCAAUGCAUCAUCACUCCAGAAGAGGGCGGGCGGUGCUGGUCAGCCUGGUGCAGGAUGGCAAGAGGUAGCAGCUGUAACUUCUAAGAACAAUUAUAACCAGCAGGCAUAUCCUACUGCCUCUGGUGGGCAGUACCCAGCCAAGAUCCCUGCUAAGGGAGGAGUCACGCUUUCUUCCUCCGCUUCCCGGGCACAACCUGGCCUGCUGCAGUGGGUGAAGUUUUGGUAG